CUCUCGUGCGCCUCUGUUUACUGAUGUGCUUCUCUCAACCUCUCUGUCCCUUUGCCCCCUAACCGAGUGUUCUCGUCAACAGAUCUCCCCUGGAGGCGGUGUAGAAACGACCCCGCGCCAGCGUCCCAUCCUGCAGCCCGUGCCUCCGCGCCCCCACUCGGGUCCCCGCCGUCCCCGCCCCAGAUUUCCGGAGGAGCGGGAAGGCGGGCGGGGUCCCGCGGGGCCCGCUGCCGUCAGCGCCCCUUCCCGGCGGCCGCGACCCCUCCCCGCUGACCUCACCGGAGCUGCCGCCUAGCGCAGAUAUAAGCUGCUGCCCCGCGGAAGAGCGCUCUGCUGGCGCCCGGGGUCCUCAGCGCUGCGGACUCCCAGUCCCCGGAUCCCGGACCCAUCUUGUGGAGCCCAGGCCUGGCAGACGCAGCGAUGCCUGGCCCUUGGUUGCUGCUCGCCCUGGCUUUGACCCUGAACCUGAUCGGUGUUCCCGGCGGCGGUGCUCAGCCAGAGGCAGCCCAGCAAGAGACGGUGACCGUCGCGGAGCGUCCCGGCCUGGACGACCUCCUGCGUCAGGUGGAGCGCCUCCUCUUCCUCCGGGAAAACAUCCUGCGGCAGCAGGGGGACCAGGCUGAGCACUCCGCGUCCCAGAUCCUUCAACCUGACUGGCUCUCCAAACGUCAGCAUCCAGGCAAAAGAGAGGAGGAGGAGGAAGUGGGAGUUGAAGAGGAAGAAGAAGAAGCGGGGGCUAUGGGACCCCACAAACGGCAGCACCCUGGCCGACGGGAAGAUGAGGCUUCAUGGUCAGUUGAUGCAGCCCAGCACAAGCGGCAGCACCCUGGCCGGCGCUCUCCCUGGCUUGGGUAUGCUGUCACCAGGCGGCAGCACCCAGGCAGACGGCUGGCAGAUCCCAAGGCUCAAAGGAGCUGGGAAGAAGAGGAGGAGGAGGAAGAGAGAAAGGAAGAGCUGAUGGCUGAGAAACGCCAACAUCCGGGCAAGAGGGCCGUGGGAGGCUCCUGUGAGCCCCAGGGAGCCUGUGGUCAAGCGGUCCUCUUGCUGGGGCUCCUGGAUGACCUGAGCAGGAGCCAGGGAGCUGAGGAAAAGCAACAGAACCUUGGCCAGCGGGCGGCCUGGGGCAGGGAGCCCCUGGGGAGGGCAGCCAGUGAGGGUGGGGUGGGACUGAAGCGUUGAUGUAUAAAUCCAGCUUCCAUCUCCUACUCCAUCUGGCAGGAUUCUCCACGCAUAAACUGCAUCCCUAUGACCCAGUAUCUUCCCCUUUCUGGGCAUCCUUUUGCGGAUGGGUAGAGCCCUGACCCACAGCUGCUGGGAGAUGCAUAUGUAGGAGACUACCCUAUGGCAUUGCGCUGUGUGUGGCUGUGGGAUAAACAUGGAUGGGAAUAUUGAAACAUCGCCCAAGAAUUGUGGUUUGUAUAUAACCCUCUAAGCCCCUUCCCCUUGUCGAUGACAGUCACCCUAAUGAUAAUAAAACCUGCAUCCAGAUAAUCA